AUGCAGGCAGAAGAUUCGACGGAAAGUGUGACAAGUGGUGCAGAGUCUUUACGAUUAUCAAAUGUCGUAAAGACUCGUGAAAUGCUUCUGUCAUUUACUGGCUCGAGCGAGAAAAUACUCAACUAUAUCCGAGUUGUUGACUCUACCCAUGAGUUCGACAAUGAACUUAUAGAGUGUAUUUUGAAAUUUUACGCGGAAACAUUGCAUCGUACUCUGCCGAGACGCGUUCGAGUUGCUAUUGUACGCUCUUUAAAGCAUCUCGUGAACUGUACUGCGCAUACCGUAAAAUGCCUUGCUUCUUUCAUCAUGAAAACAGUUGUUCGGGCAGAGAGGGCUCAUUAUCCUCCCGGUUUCUUACUUACCACGCUUUCUUGGCUUAAUGACGUUGUAAUGAGUACUUGCACUUCUGCAGAAGUUUGCGAGUCAUUGGUAAAAAAUUUAUGCCCCAUUCAGGCAAAACUGUUGUUCAUGUGUCUGUCGUCUACGAAACACACUCUCGCAAACAGUGCUCUCCGUUCGACGCGCCGUUGCAUUCGCUCACUUCUUCUCACAAAUUCUAAGAACUACGAGUCAUUUGUUGAUAAGUUCUUCGAAGCUCUCUUGCCCACUCUGCCAAUGCCCAACGGAUUGGCGUUUGUGGGCGAGUUCUUGAGUUGCUGCUAUUACUUCAAGUUAUCCAAGGGCCCCUUGGAGGCUCUGGGAAAACACAAGCAGACCAUUGCAACACUUCUUGUUAAGCAAGUGUUCGCUGCAAAGGGUAUCAUGCCAGUCGCACUGUAUGCUGAAUUCACUAGAGGCUAUGGACUGGUGUCAUCGUUGGAUGAUUUCUCAAGCCUCGUACUGCCUAGCCUUGAAAAAACAUUGCUACGUUCUCCAGAGGUAGUAUUUGCUGGCGUCAUUACUCACCUAACUUCUGGUUUUGCAACUGCCGGCAAAGAUUUGUCUUCUGUACUUCUUCAAAAAAUAACACCUGCGUUCAUUUCGGGUUUCAAAAGCUCAAAUGCUACUACCCGUCAAAAUGCAUGUGCAACAUUUACAGCAUGCGCCAAACUUGCAAAGAAUCAAGAAGUAGCGGAUCACGCCGUUGAGGAGUUACUUAAGGUCCUCCGUACAGGAAAAUUAAUUCCCUUGUUCCAAAAGGAACAAGCUGAACCACUGAAGGUUUUGGGUGCUGUCUUGAUGAAGAAUCUUGAGACUGGCCUUCUGAACAAUGUCCUUCCAGACGAAACCGUGCUUAAAUCCUUACGCUCUUUCCUUAAAGAUGCUCGUGCGCCAAUCAGAGAAUACUGGAUUCUCUCAAUCGCACGUUUGUUGUGGAACUUUGAGACAUUUUCUGCGGCCCAAACUUCUGUGCUUGAAUUGUUCCUUCAUGAGCUCCUUGAUCUUUGCAAAGAGGCACUGAAGAAUCUUUCCAAUGCUGCACAAAGUGGAUCCAUUAUGGCUCCUUUUGUUUUAUUGGCAUUUGUUUUCUCUCAUGUUCCUAAAACGGCACCUGAGGUUGCGGAGUCAGAGCAGUUCAAGCAUAUUCAAGCCUUCUUGAGAAACGCACUUAACCCCAAAUCCAAGGAAAUGCUGUUAUUCACCCAGCGCAACAUCAACAGACUUCUCGAUGCCCAACAAAAACAGUGGGCCAUAAUCGCUGCCUGCAUUUACAUUACCGAGUUCGCGGAAUCAUUGGACAAUUCUGCUUAUGCGGAUUUGUUUUAUUGCCUUGUUUUCACUUUGCAAGCAAAGAGCAAUGACAAGGAGUCCUGCUUUUCCGCUUUAAAAGAACUUUCUCGUACAUGCCCUGAGGCUCGUGUUAAACUUUCUGAGCAAAUGUGGGACUGGCGGUUAUUAACUGAGAAGUUAAGAGAACAAAAGAAGGCUGAAGUCGUUUUUUACGAGAAUUCCGUGUCUUACUUCUUCACUUUGUUGUCAGCUUUUACUUUAGACUACGAAGCAAUGCAACCUUCAGACAAGCAGGCAUAUGAUGAGUAUCUGCUUGCUCUUCUUUUCCUUUCAUAUUAUUAUAAGUCGAAAAUUGAUUGGAUUAGACUCUGUCAGAAUGCAAAGCGUGACCCCUCUGCUUUGGUUUCAUCGAACUUGGAGAAGUUAUUUAGAAACUACGAGCUGGUAUUGGCUGAAUCUGGAAAUGAACUUAAAACAAAUGCGGUCAUUUCUUCAUUGGAAAUGGUAGCUUUUGUUGCUCCGGACGACGCUAUCCCUCACAUCGUCAAGUUGUUCCGUUCGCAAUUAGAGAACAUUCGCUUUGACAAUAUUACUGAUACCGACAUUGCCAUUUGGAAGACUCCCGAGGGUACUAUGUAUCAUAAUGUCUUGGAGAAGCAGACAAAACUGCAAAAGAAUACAAAAGACUAUGAAACGAAGAAGUGGGAAGCUGAGAUGCGCGCCAACUUGGCCAAGAAAAAACCCGUGUCGUUGACAAAGGAGCAAAAGCAAGCUGUUGAAGAGCAACUUCGAGUUGAGGGUGAUAUUAGAAAGAAGGUUACGAACGUUGUUUCUUCCUUCACACACUCAAUGUUUAUCAUUCGUAGUCUUGCUGCCAGUGUCCAAUUGCGCCCAGAUUUAUGGAUUGAAGACGCCAUCAAUUGUCUGCUUUUCGGCAACAUUUAUCAAGAAAGUCUUCGAUUCUCUGGCACUUUGGCUUCAGAAACACUUUUGUGUUGUAUCAAGGCGUCUUCCCUCGAAGAACGAAUUGGUGAAGCCAAUUUUGCAUUAAAACUGCUCAAGUCUCUGUCUCAAGUUUUGGGCUACGAAAAAUCUUUGGACAAUUCUGCUGACCUUGUCACUAAUGUUUUGCAUAAACUUCGUUUCUGUAUUGAAGUGCAUGGUUUUUCUACACCCAUGUUUGCUUGUGUUUUCCCCUUGCUUUACCGUUUGGUCCAAAAAGAAUUUAAUGCGAAGACAGAAGACGAACGCGACGAACAAAUUCUGUUGGUUACCGAAACUUUGAUUAUGCAGGCUCCAACUGCACACGAACUCUAUGCUAUGCGUUGCAAGUACUUGGAGUCGUUGCUGCAUCUUGUUGCUGCUGUACCGUCUCAGUAUCAUGAAGUUCGUGAUGCAAUGAUUAGCUUCGCUCAAAGCAUUUCUUCAGAAUAUACGGAAGAAGAACUGCAGCUUCUUCUUUCAAAAGUGUGUGCAUCCGAUUCUUCUUUGCGUACCGCUGUCCUUCAAACCCUGCAAUGUCUUGAUUUACACAGAUUUGACUUCAUCAAAGAGAUUUUCUUGGAAUUGUAUGAUGACACUGACGCAAAUGCUUCUCUUGCUCAUGACAUUUCCAAAUCGAAUACUUUUGAAGCUGAUGAAUCAUCACUUAAAGAGCUGUUACCAUUCUUGGACAAUGAGUCAGCUUAUGUUCAUGAAAUUCUGGGUAAGGCUCUUUGUGAUUUGAUUGAUGACUACGAAGAGUUUUCCACGUCUAUUCCGAGGGAACUUAUGAGUAAUUAUAGAGUAAAGGCUUUGCCAACUCCUCCGGAAUAUGAUGAGUAUGGAAUUAUUGUUAAAGAUACAAUCGGAAGGGAUUUGGGACGUUCAUCGCGCGAAGCAAUUGCUACUUGCUUUGCUCAUGUGGUGAAGGUUAUGGCAUCUAAUAUUCUUAUUGAAUUCCUGGAAUUCCUUCUUACAGCUACGGAGGUUGACAGUCAGAUUCCUGUUACUGAUGUUUCCGUUACAGUAGCAUCAACGAUGCUUGAAGCAGGUAAAGUUGCUAUUGAAUUACACGGCAAGCACCAGGUUGAGUCUUUAAUGAGCUUCUUUGAAGAGAGUCUUCAACGUGUUGAUUCUUCCAGUUCUUUUGAUGAUCGUCUCCGUGAAGCCAUGAUUGUUCUCUUUGGUACUGUAGCUAAACAUUUAUCAUCCUCGGAUACCCGCCUUGUCGUUGUCAUUGACAGUCUUAUUGCAACUUUGUCCACGCCUAGUGAAAGCGUUCAACUGGCUGUAGCCAACUGCCUCCCUCCUCUAAUCAAAAAGUACAGUGACAAGAAUGAGGAUUAUAUGAAGAAGUUAACUGAAACUCUUCUGUCCUCUUCAUCCUUUGCUGAGAAGAAGGGUGCGGCAUAUGGACUUGCUGGUCUUACCAAGGGAGUUGGUAUUAAAGCCUUUAAGGACUUUGGUAUCAUGGACACAUUAAAGGAAGCACUUGAAGAUAAGAAAAACAAGGAUCGUCGCCAGGGUGCUCUAUUCGCAAUUGAGUCAUUCUCUCAUAUCCUUGGAGUCUUUUUUGAACCUUAUGUCCCCGAAAUUAUUCCCCUUCUUAUUUCUACUUUCGGUGACAGUUCUACUGAAGUUCGUGAUGCUACUUCUGAUGCCGCUAAGGCCAUUAUGAGUCAUCUCAGUGGUUAUGGUGUGAAGCUUAUUCUUCCUUCUCUCCUGGACGGUCUUAACGAAUACAACUGGCGUUCCAAGUUUGCAUCUGUUGAAAUGUUGGGACUUAUGUCCUACAUGGCGCCUAAGCAGUUAUCAUACUCUCUGCCAACUAUCAUUCCUCGUCUGACAGAUGUACUUACCGAUUCUCAUAACCAAGUUCGUAAUGCUGCAAACAAGAGUCUUACAAGAUUUGGCGAUGUCAUCUCUAACCCCGAGAUUCAAACUCUCGUUCCCGUUCUUCUCAAGGCUUUAAGUGACCCUACCAUACAUACCGAGGAGGCUCUUAGUGCAUUGGUAAAAACCCCUUUCGUUCAUUACAUCGACCCGCCCUCUCUUGCAUUGGUUGUUCCUAUUGUUUAUUACGGUUUGAAUGAAAGAGUUGCUGCCGUUAAGAAACAGUCAGCCAAGAUUUUCGGUUUAAUGGCCAGUCUCACUGAUCCAUCGGAUCUUUCGGUUCACUUGGAGAAGUUAGUUCCUCGCCUGCGUGAAGUUUUGAUCGACCCAGUACCAGACACUCGUGCUACAGCAGCCAAGGCUCUUGGUUCACUUGUUGAGAAAUUGGGUGAGACCAAUUUCCCUUCAAUUAUUCCCGAGUUAUUAUCCAUCCUUAAGAGCGAUGCUAGUGAGGUUGACCGACAAGGUGCUGCCCAAGGCCUGUCUGAGAUUCUUGCUGGCCUUGGUCUCGCCCGUUUGGACGAUGUGUUCCCUGAUAUCUUGGCUAACACAUCCAACGGUAAUCCCAGUAUUCGUGAAAGUUUCAUUUCUCUUCUUAUUUACCUUCCCGCUACUUUCGGAGCAAGAUUCCAGCCUUAUCUCGCAAGAGCUAUUCCUCCCAUUCUUAACGGUCUUGCUGACGAAUCCGAUUUUGUUCAGUCGGCUUCUCUUCGUGCUGCUAGAAUGAUCAUUAACAAUUAUGCUAGCAAAUCCGUCGAUCUUCUGUUGCCUGAACUUGAGAAGGGAUUAUUCGACAACUACUGGCGUAUUCGUGUUUCUUCCGUUCAGUUGGUUGGUGACUUGAUCUUUAAGCUUGCCGGUAUCAACAAGAAAUCCGUCGAAGAAGAACAGCAGGAAGAGGAAGAGAAUGUUACCGCUAGUGAUGUUAAGCGUAAGGCUCUUAUUGAGGCCAUCGGUAACGACCGUCAUGACCGUAUCAUGUCUGCUCUGUUCAUUGUUAGACAAGACGUUUCUGCUUUGGUUCGUGCUCCUGCCUCUCAAAUUUGGAAGGCAGUUGUCGUUAAUACUCCUCGUACGGUGAAGGAGAUUAUGCCAACUUUGACGUCUAUGAUUAUUAGCAACCUCAACAGCAGUGGAAAUGAUAGACGUGUCAUGUGUGUUAAGACUCUUGGUGAGUUGAUCCGUAAGAUUGGUUUCGACGUCAUGGAACAAUUGCUUCCCAGUUUGGAGAAUGGCCGUUUGUCAACCAACCCUCAAGAUCGCAUUGGAGUUUGUAUCGCUAUUACCGAACUUAUCAACAGCUGUGCUCCUGAGCAACUUGAAAAUUAUGCAUCUACUAUUACAAACGCUAUUCGUGGUGCUUUGGUUGAUAGUGAUGCAAGUGUUCGUUCUGUUGCUGCUGAAGCCUUCGACUCCCUUCAAAAUGCCAUUGGCAACAAGGCUAUUGAUGAAGUCUUGCCCGAACUUCUUAUUCUCCUGCAAAGUGAUGAAAAGUCAGAAUUUGCUCUUUCUGCUCUUCAAGAAAUUAUUACACGUCGCUCUACUUCCAUCUUCCCCGUUCUUAUUCCCACUUUGAUUAAACAACCCAUCUCCGCUUUCAAUGCUCGUGCAUUGGCUUCGCUGGCUACGGCUGCUGGCGCUACCCUGCUCCGCCGCCUUCCCUCUAUUUUGACAGCUCUCAUGGAGUCAACUUUUUCUGCUUCCGAAGGUGAUUUGGAGGGAUUGACCUCUGCCACAGAUUCCAUUAUGGUCUCUGUUCAGGAUCCCGAAGGCAUCACUCAAAUGAUGGCUUACUUCACUAACUUGGCGACGAAUGAGGACUAUAGAAAGCGCGCAUUUGCCUGUUCUCGCAUGGCUGCCUACUUCAAGGAUUCCAAGGUUGAAUUGGGCAAGUUUUAUGCCGAAUGGGUUCGCGUCUUUAUUGGUCUAUACGAGGAUCGCAGUGAGGACGUUGUUAAGGCUGCUCUUGCAGCUCAAACAGCACUCGUUGGUUCUCUGAGAAAAGAUCAAAUGGAGCCACUUGUUCUUCCUCUUUGCAAGGCAUUGUCUGAUGUUGGCGUUCCUGAUACCGCUCUUCCUGCAUUCCAAUUGCCCCGUGCUAUUAACUCUGUUCUUCCCAUUUUACUACAAGGACUUAUGUAUGGUUCUACGGAGCAAAGAGAAAAGUCUGCCUUGGGUAUUGCGGACAUUGUUCGUCGUACGGAACCUACCGCUCUUCGUCCUUCGGUUACACAAAUUACCGGUCCUCUUAUUCGUAUCAUUGGCGAACGUUUCCCUACCGAUGUUAAGUCUGCCAUUUUGUUCACUUUGAACAUCUUGCUUACCAAGAUUCCUACUUUCUUACGUCCGUUCUUGCCUCAGCUUCAAAGAACUUUCGCUAAGUGCUUGGCUGAUCCUUCGAGUGAUGUUGUUCGUAACCGUGCUGCGGCAGCUCUCGGUACUUUGAUUACAUUACAGACUCGUGUUGAUCCCUUGAUCACUGAGCUCGUCAGCGGCUCUCGUAGUUCUGACGCAGGUGUACGCAAGGCCAUGUUUAAGGCUUUGUUUGAAGUUGUCUCGAAAUCUGGAAAGAACAUGAGUGAAAACUCCAUGAAUUCUGUUGGUGAUUUGUUAGAGGAAACCGAAGCUUCUGACAUGACUGACGUUGUCAACAUGGCGAAACUGUAUGGCGCAUGGUUUGCUAAUUUACCUGAUGCUCGUGCUAGUGAGUUUUUGGAGGACAAACUUUUCAGCGUUGAAGAAGAUACAACACUUAGAGUUCUCAUUUUGAAUGCCGUUGUUCGUUUUGGUUUCGAAAAGAUUAUUUCUUCGGGCAGUGAGUCUGCCGUUGCCGAGUACAUUUCUCGUUUGUGCGCUAACAGUGAUCCUUUCAUUUCUGAGAAUGCUGUCAAGGCUGCCGGUAAGUACUUGUUGACUGAAAUGAACCAAAAUUUCAACGAUGCAAAGCGUCUGAUAGAAAGCCUGGCAGAGUGCAUUCAAGCCCCUGUCAGUGGUUCCAACGACUGUAAGCGUUUGGCGUUGGUGGUUCUUCACACUGUUGCAAACUCCAACUUUGAUGUGGUAAGAGCUCAUUUGCCCACUCUUGUUCCUGCCGUUUUUGGUUGUGUUCGUGCUACUGUCAUUCCUGUAAAGCUUGCAGCAGAGACGACUUUCCUCUCUCUUCUGCAAUUACGCGAAAACGAGGCCUUUGCCGAGAAAUUCAUUUCUACUCUGCAAACUCCUCGGGCUCGCAGUAUCUCAGAUUAUACUCGGCGGGUUGCCUUUAAAUUGGCUGCUGCCGAACGUGAUCGCAUUGCUUCUGGAAGUGGUAGAAUCCAAAUCGAAGAAGCAGAAAACCUUGCGGAAAUUAACGCAAUUGGUGCUGAUGAUGGAAUGUUCUCUCAACAAGACGCUUGA